GAAAGUUUAAAACACUUUGCGAAAUGUAAACAAACGUCUGGUUCGAUUUUUUUCUGUUUUUUGUGGAGAAUGAUACUAAUUCAUCUCAUUUAAAUGAAUUGGGUUGGUGGUGUCAGGAGUCGUUUACGGAAAAAGAAUGACAAAAAGAUUCAGCAGCAGUUCUUUGAGCAAAAAAGACAAGAAAAAAAAUAUGGUAUUAAAAGAAAGUUUAGUCCCAAGAAAACAGAGGGGUUCAGUAUCGGUCAAGAUAUGCUCUCUUUACAGACAGUACUAAAAGCACACGACUCAGACUUAAAAAAGAAAGGAGUUUACAUUGAACCCAAAAAGCCACGUCACGUUGAUUUGAACGGUAGUAUGCACUCGCAAAUUAAUCACAACAAAUCAAUAUUAUCAACAUCUCCUGUUGAAGCUGAAUCACAAAUUGAUUUUCAUCGUGCUGACGAAAACCACACCCAGGCCCCUUUUUAUAGCCUUAUUUAUGAACACAGCAAGCCUACAGAUGUCAGAAACCCUAAAAGACCGGGUGGAUAUUUCGUUGCUUCAUCAACUCAGAAAGCAACACCCUGUCAAAAUCAUAGAUUUCAACAAAGAAGUUUGAAGAACCCGAUUACAGAAUCUAUUCCAGAAGAACGAAGCCCAUCCAACAAUUAUUUCACUAAAUCUUGCAAUUCUGAAAUUUCUACCGAUGUUUUAUUAAAAAAGAAACCGAGCUAUUUUAAUUUAUACAAUAAACCAGUGGAACAAACGUCUUCCUUAUUUUCUAAAGAUAUUUUUCAAAGUAAAAUUGAUCAGUUGCAAGAGAAGUCAACUUCGAAUUACUGCAUAAGAAAUUCCUUAUUUCGUGGCGAAGUACCAUCUCCGUUUUUGAAGAAGCUAGAAACAGAAAACAAGUUUAGUAUGACCAAGAAUAAAGAUGUGUCUGUGUCCAAGUUAUUAACCGAGGAUGUCGAGAUAUUCAAUCCCUACAGUAAACCUGGUCCGCAUUCAAAAUCUUUUAAAAAUACUAGUAGUACCAGUCAUGCUGUAGAUAAUCAAUCAGAGAAUAUGGUUUCGCCAGUAACUCAAGACAUGUCACCAGCAGUUUGUGAUAUGUCACCCAGCAUCUGUAAUGUGUCAGCUACGAUGCAUGAUGAUGAUUCAUCACGUAGAGAGAUUCCAUCAAUGGCAUCUGAAAUGUCGCCGAUAGCAAGAAGAAAACUAAAUAAGUUAUUAGAUGAUGAAAGCAGUCAUUCUGGCGGCAGUAGUGUGCAUUCAUCAUCAUCAAGUUUAAAUUAUUCUUGUAGCUAUUUGUCUGUCGGUGCUUCAAGAAACAGCGAAAGUAGUGAAUCAAAGGAAGAGAAUCAAGCAGAUCCAACUGAAAAGAAGAAAAAACAUGCAAACAGUGAACCUGACUUAAUGAAACAAACGAAUAUCAACAAAGAGAGGAGUACCAAUGAAGAUGACAAUGAAGACAAUCACAACGCAAAACAAAUUGAAAAUGCUAAAAACGGUGGCAAUAACAUCAUAAGAGACCAAAAGGAAAUCACCGAGAAAGCGUGUCGGGAACAGAGUAUCGCUGAAACACAGUGUCGGGAACAGAGUAUGGUGGAAACAGAGUGUCGGGAACAGGAUAACGCCCAGACCAAUCACUCUAGCCAUACCAAUAGCAAUCAAGAUGUUAAAAACACCCCUCAAAAAAAGAUUCCGACAAAUAGUAUGCCAGCAUCACCUUGUGCAGAUCCAGCUGGAAACGGAAAUAAGACUUCGGGUGGUGAUAAUAACGAAUACGUUUUGAAAGAGAACAAAAAUGAAGUUUUUAAUAGUGUUUCUUCUGCAUCUCUCAGUAAUGAAAAUCAUUCGUUGCAUCAAGUCUCACCGAACCAUGUCUCCACGAUGGGUGAGUCAGUUGCGAUUACCGAUCCACAAGUACGAAGUAAUGAUGUCUUAACACCUCUGACACAAGAAGCUACGACAUGCUUUACUCUUAAUAACAUAAAGAACGUUUUUUCACUCGAAAACUACAUAAAUAAUCAACUACGUCUUUUAAAGGAAGAACACGGACUUAUUGAAGAGAGACACAAAGUAGUUUUAUCAUAUUUGCUGACAUCAACAGGAACUGCUGGUGAUGUUGGAAAAACUCAAGAAUAAGCAGAAUCGAGACACAAUUUCUCUCUUGUGAAGUAUCAUAAGGCUGCUUCCCAUUGACGAUCUUAGCACAGCUCGAGCAUGCGCAUUAACAUUUAUCCCUGGCCGCAACUCUUGUAUUUUGAGCAGCUUUGGCAGUUCAGACGAGUCAACUUUAAAAUGUUCUAUUUUAGCAACCAAUAAAAACUCCAUGAACGCUACCAUCAUUUAGUGUAAUAGAGAUUCAGCAUUUUGAGCGUUACUUUUAAACUAGAAGUUGUGGCCAGGGAAACUUCAAUGAAUAGAAGCGUUAAUAAAAUCAAUUCCGUUCUCGUAAAAAUAUUUUUAUUUUAGGCAUCUUUGCUUUGUGUUACAAAAAGAUCAUAUUAACGUUUUCCUACGCAUAGUUUUUCAUGUUAAAAUUCUUUCACAAAUUUCAAUGUCACUGCCUGAAAAAUAUUUAAGCUAAAAAUAUAAAAACCUGAAAGCCAGAGUUUUUUUUGCGAAAAACAACUUUCACGCAUAAAAGAAUGUGGAAAAAAAUUCAUUUUUAAAUAUUUAGAAUGAUAUAAUUUAUCACUAUUGUCUUUAAUUUCGCGAGAAAAUAAAGUUUUUUUAUAUUUACAAUGUCAGAGAAUUUAAACUUUUAAGAAAAAAUUUUAAAAUCACAACAUUACAAAACUUAUUGAUCGCAACGUGUGAUAACUUCUUUUUUCACUUUUUUGACACUUGUUUGAGCAACAUUUUGAACUACCACAAGCUGCCACUUUUACCCAGCUCUGGGGCCAGCAAAAGGCUUAACAGAGAUACUCUUGGUAACACUUAUGGACAUCAUUAAAUUCAAGAAACCACCCAUAUCAGUUUAUUAACAUGACCAAUAUUUAACAAAAAUAGAAUACCCAUCAACUCCCUCUUAUUAAGGCGAAUCUCCACUAGACGAUUUUUAUUACGAUUUCGGAAAAGCGAAUAGUGGAGAAGCACGCACUCAA